UUUCACUUGUUUUGCUUUGCCAAUAUGGCGCUGCUGGUGUUAUGAGAUGACAACAUCGCAGUUUGUGACUUUGUCCUAUUUGUCAUUAUUAAUGUUUGAGUCAACAUUAAUUAACUACCUCAAAAGUUCAAAGAAAAUCUUUAAUCGUAAUGUAAGUUGUUACAAAGUACGACGUGAAUCAUCGAAGGAUUGAUAUCUUACAAAUACAUUCGAAUGCGUCCGUGAAGAAAGUACAUAGCUCCUGUAAAAAUGGCGGGUGUGUUAUCUUUAUGGGUUGUGUUUUCAUUGCUAUUGGAGAAAGUCUAAUGAGUGUGAACGAAGUGUUGAUACGUUUUUGAGUUGAAACUAACGUGGUAUACGUGUUUAAAGAGGCGCCAUGUGUAACUUGCAUCUUUGACAUUUGAAGAAUUGAUUGAUUCGGCAAGACAGCGCAGGUGUCAUCAAAUUUGAUGAAAUUAUCAGCAUGUCGCGCUGGGGCAGAGGCCGAAGCGGCAGCGUGGCUGUGCCGCUGGACAGUGCGCUCUUCAGAGAGAACAGUAAUUGUCCCUCGGCUGCUCGCUCGGCGGGAACGGUGGGCAAGUGGGGAAUUACCAGCUUCACAUCCAUUAGGAGCGCUCCUUACGCAUUUCAAAACAAUGUACAUAAAAAGCCUGUUCAGGACCAGAACAGUCCACUAACAGUACCUGCCGUUGAAACUGAGCAACCACCACCAAAGCCCAAAAAGUUUUUUAAAUCUCGCAAUGCAGAAUUAUACCCACCAGUGCCACAAAUUACAUAUGCUCCACCUGUACCUGCUGCGCCACUAUCACCAGAACACUCUGGCUCUGCUAAGGAAAAGAAAACAACUAAGAGAAGUAGAUAUAACCGAGACUCCUCAUCACCAGAAUUACCAAGACGUAACUCUGAAAAGAGUAAAAACAAAAGGAGUUUUGCCACUAAAGCAUCAAAGAAAGAGGAACCUACACCUGAAAAUUCACAACCGCCAAAUAAGAGGUACUUGGUUCGUAAUCGAGACAAAGUAAUAAAUUAUGCUGAGGAUGGAAGUAAUAGUCCAAUUCCUGACUUUAUACGAUAUGAAUCAACACCUCCAAAGCCUCCUUCACCUAAGGCUAGUCCUUUGGUUACGAGCCCUUCUAAAAGCCCAGCUAAGAAUGUGGAGGUGAUGAGUCCAUCUACUAGUAAAGAAACCAAUGAGGAGCGUAAACCGCCACCCAUAGUACUUAGAAUUUCUAAAGGAACGUCUAGAAUAGUAAGUACAGAUUCGAAUGAAGGAUUUACAUCACCAAGUUCAGAUAGGCAUUCAUCAAUGGAUACACAUUCUGAUGUGGGUUCUGAUCACAAAAAAAGUCCUACAGUAGAAACCAUCUGUUCUCCUAAACAUGAGGGGCUCAAAAUCACUAUUAAGUGUGCAGGACUAAGCCAGGAAAUUAAAAAAGAGAAGAAAAAGGAAAAGAAAGAACAUAAAUCACAUAAAAAGCAUCACAAACAUACUGAAGAUGAAUCUGUUAAAAAGGUUACUUCUCCAGUGCCAGGUUCUGAUGCUUAUGAUCUUUAUAAAACUCUAGCGUCUCCUAUACAGGAGAAAGAAAAAGAGUCUAAGAAAAAUAAGCAAAUGGAUCACACUGAGGCUCAAUUAGCCAAACUGGAUUCAGAUAAACUGCCUAAGGAACCUCAACCUGAACCUAAACCACCUGAAAUGUCAGGCGGUAGAUCAAGAAGGAAUAGGCCAAAUAUAAAUUAUAGCGAAAAUGAUGAUGAUCUAGAAAGUUUAGCUCGAAUAUCAAGUAAACAGUUAAUAAAGACUGUGAAUGAUUUGAAGAAAGAAAAUAAAAAAGGAAAAAGAAGACAUGAAACGGUAACAGAUAAUCCAACGGCAACAGCAGCUACUGUAACAACAUCUGAAAUCCAACAAGAUAUUGAAAAUGAGUCAGAAUCUCAAUUAGAAAAGGAUGAACUAAUUGACAUAUUAUCUGGGAAUAGUAAUAAGGAAAAGGUUACACAUAAAAAGCCACACAAGAAGCAAAAGCAUAAAGAAAAACAUGGCAGACAUUCAAGUCCCAGUUCCCGAGAGACAUUAGCAAGUCUGAAAGAACAAAUGGCUGCAAAUGCAUUGGCAGAGCAAAAUGAUGAAGGAGUUGAGCAUACUGAUGAAAACGAAGAAGUAGAACAAAAUGAUGCUCAUGUAGACACUCCACAAGAACAGCAGAUGGAUAAUAAUGCAUCACCACAUGAAACAAACGAGGCUCAAAUUCAAACUCAGUCAUCAGAUUCAGCAUACAACAGCUGCCCACAUGAGCUUUCAGAGGAAGAAUCACAGAAAUGCCACCAGGAUGAUGUGUUUAAGUCUCCUCAGCGAAUAGAUUCUGAAGAUCAUAUGGAAGAUAAACCUAGUGUUAAGUUAGUUAUAACCAAGAAGAAAGGUUCAAUAUUCAAGAGUAAAUCAUUGGUAAAUGAUAAUCCUUCUCCGUUGCCAGCGAGGAAAAGAAGGCACCUUUACAGACAUGAAUGGGCAAAUGAUAAAGGAAAUGAAACUCCUAGACCAGAGCCCGCUGGGACUCCAGAAGUUAGUAAUCCAGUAGCAGAAGUACCAGAAGAACUAACAAGAGUCACAAGAUAUAGAGCAGCCAAUCCCAUAAUGGACGAUCCAACGUUGGAUGAACCUGUUAAACCUUAUAUAAGUGUGAAGUGUGCUAAGGAGGCUAAAGAGUACUACACUGUUGUGCGGAAUGUUAAAAAGGCACAUCAGAUACAAGAGAUUGGAGAAUUUCAGGAAUUCAACGAUGAUGUUGAAUAUCUUUUAGAUGCAUUGCAGGACAAUAACCCAAUGUCGACGCGAUGCCUGUCUGCUAUAACGCUGGCCAGCAAGUGCACAGCGCCCGCGUUCCGUAUGCACUUGCGUGCGCACGGCACUGUACAGAAAUUCUUUAGCGCCUUACACGAUGCCACCAAUGAUCAGAGUUUGGGUUUGUGCACAGCAACAGUGAUGUUUGUGCUCUCUCAAGAUCGUCUAAAUAUGGACUUGGAUCGAGAAUCGCUAGAGCUAAUGCUGAAUCUACUUGAGUCUGAUGCGUCGCACAAGAAUGCACUUGACGAUUGCGGGUUGACUUCGGCUCAACUUGCAAAGACGCAGGAGAGGGUCCGGGAGUUGUGUGCUGAGAUUAAAAGCCAAGGGAAAGCCAACCAUCUGGAUUUGGAGAAUAUUACAGUGGGGCAUUUAGCAAUGGAAACGCUACUAUCGUUGACGUCGAAACGUGCAGGCGAAUGGUUUAAGGAGGAGCUUCGGAACCUUGGUGGAGUGGACCACAUAGUCCGUACGAUACAAGAUUGUGCGGGCAGGUUGGAGUUACCCGCCAGCUCGUGGAGCAGUGCCGAGGUCGAUGUAUUGAGGAAGGCGGACCGGUGUAUGCGUGUUUUGGAAAACGUGACGCAACAGAACGAAGCGAAUCAGCAACACCUGGUGACGGGAUCGCUAGGGGCGGCGCGCACUCUGGUGGCCUUGCUACGGCGCUGCGUGGGCGAGGCCAAGACCGAGUUGCAACUGCGGACGGCGCUGUUGGACGCCGCCUUGCCUGCCGUCAAAGUGCUAGUCAACUUGUCGCACUCGUUCGGCAUCGCGUCGUCAGCGGUCGGCGCGGAGGUGGUGGGAGAACAACCUUCAGUAAUGGAGAUCUGUUUGAUAAUGCUAAAUAACCAAGGGAACUUCAUACCUGAUGAUAAGAACUUCGACUUCUGUGUUUGUGUAUUAAUGCUGUUGAUAAACUUAAUACAAAACAAUGAUAUAAACACGCAAAGGCUCCUGAGCGUGCGGAUACGUGUGGACAGUGAUCAUGACGUCAUAUCGCGGAGCGUGUCUGCGCUCGACUUCAUUGUCGAUCUGUUCUACAAGCGCGAAGAAUUGGCUAGGAGAGCAGAAGAAAACACAGAUGCCUUAUUAGACGGUGAGAAGGACGAGGGAGCGAAGAAAGACAAGAAAAAGCAGCAGGAUGACAUUGAUGAAACAGUAGCCAAGUUGCUGGCGCGUGCGGGCACGCACAUGGAGCACACGAUGGUGGGCGCGUACAUCGCGCUGCUGCUGGGCAACAUGGCCGUGGUGUCGCCCGCCCACGCCGCCGCCGUGCGCGUGCGCGUGCCCACCUACGCGCCCAUGCUGCCCACGCUCAAGAAGUACUUCACCUUCCUCUCGCUCACCGCCAGCGCCGAAGCAGCAAUAGCAGCGCACGUGAAAUCAACGCAGCGGAUAAUACAGUUCAUGGAAACUAGUGACAAGGAAAACUUGCAGCCCGACGAGCCCGCUCCGGCCGCGCCGUACACCGCCGCCUACCCCAGCUACUACCAGACCUCGCCCUCCGACGUGCCGCAGGACAUGUCCCUCAGCAACCUCAACUAUUCCAUGAACUACAGCAUGAACAGCACGUCCAGCUCCGACAGGAUGUCCUCCUCCAUGGAGAUUGAUGGUUACCACUGAAAUUGACAUACCUUUUUAGUUUGUUAAAUCUUUCAUGCCCAUUUUAUUGUACUACUUCGAUUCGAGGAAGAUUUCUUGAUAGUGACGUACACAAAAACUCAAAACUGAACGCAUCAUUUGCGCGUACUUUUAAACUCUUAUUAGUUUUAUCAAAUCUCGCUCCAGACAUGCCGCAAGAUGUGUACAUUCUCGGUAGCUUCAACUAUUCCAUGAACUACAGCAUGAACAGUACGUCCAGCUCCCAUAGAAUGUCCUCCUCCAGGAUGGGUACCACUGAAAUUGACACACCUUAUUAGUUUUUUAUAAACGUUAUACCCAUCUUAUUGUACUUUUGAUUUGAAUUUCGGAAUUAUAUUUCGUGUUUCUUGAUGGCGGAAAGGACAAAAUAUUGUCAAAAAUAAACGCACCGUUUGCGCGACGAUGGAGGAACUAUACCACAUGCUCGGAGUGAAGUUAAUAUAGCGCUCUCUCUGUUACGUAACUCCAUACAAAUGAUAGAGGCAAUCUGUGGACGCUUACCAUUUUGAGUCACCAACCAAUCAACGACAAUAGGUCUCUUCUAACUUACACGUCACGGUUUUGCGCCGGCUGAAUCUGUAACGACUUGCGACUCGUAUAGCCCAUGUAGAGAAAUAUGUAGGAUCAACAGCAAUACGUACGCAUUUUUCCUCCUUAUCUUACAAUGUAUUGAUUUUAUAAUAUUUAUCACAAAUGGUGAGAAUUUUGUAUCGUGCGAAAUGAUCCGUUGUGACGGUUUAGUCGUUUCUAUACUUUGAUUAGCUUUAAUUUAAACCACUACUCUGUUCUCGUUAAUAUUUCAUUAAAAGACUAGCCUUUUUUGUGACUUCGUGUGAUAUAAUUUGUAGCCUAUUCUCUAUAGCACUCGGGGAUAAUGUAGCAUUUACGAGUAAACGAAUUUUUAUAAUCGGAUCAUAACGUCCGCCUACAAGCAAAGUCAUCACUGAAAUAAAAUUACGCAUGAAGUUGGAAUAUUUUCGCGCGAUAGAAUUCUCUCACUGGUCGCUCUAAGAUAAUUAUCAAUUUAUUAUAAUUUCUAUAUAAUAAUAAUUAUUUUAUUAAAAUUAUUAAAAUAUCGUCAUAAUAUUGUUUUGUCAUGUAAAUAAAGAUUCCGUGCGGAUUGAGUCAACUAGUAAUAGAGGUAUGCCAUUUGUAAAAUAAAUCCAUGAAUAUUCCCGUAGCAGAUCGCGUCUGCACUCGGUUAGUACCGCCUUUCUGUAACAAUACUUCCUUCUUCAAAACUAAAUGAAAUUGUAAAUAUAGUUCGCAAAUGUUAAGGUAGUUAGGUGCAUUAAUCAUGGAUAUGGGUUAUGAAAUCUUAAUUAAAUUGAGAUAUUCCGAGUUUAAGCCACUGACCUGGCAAUAUAAAAGUGCAAAAAUAGUCGAUUAAGUGUAUAAUAGAUAUGUAUUCUUUUAUGUGAAUAUUGUGUCUGCACUUUUUGUAUUAUAGACUUUUGAAGAGGGUUACAAAUUUAUCGAGUAUCGUUCUGAAGAGGCACAAUUCCUUUAUUGUAAAUAAAUUAUAUUAUUAGAUAGUUUUAAUAGAUUGGUCUCUGUUGACUAAAAUAUGAUGGCGAGGUUAUUUGUAUGCGAUUUUGAGAUUUUAAAGAUCGUUGCUUGUUCGAAGGGACUCGAUCAAACCGUUCGUGCAAAAUGUACAAACACUAACUAUGUUAGUUCGCAACUAUUGAGAGAUGAUUUAUGCUUACAUUACAUUAAUAAUAAAUAGGACAAUUAUCAUGUUGGACU